UUGGGAGGAGGAGCAGCGGUAGCAAUGUUGCUAAAAGUAUAGCAGACACAUUUUUGUCUUAAGGAGUGUGUUAUAAUUCGUGUCAAUCUUAGUCUUAUUUCCUGCGUCCACCUCUGUGUACAAUAAUCUGGUUAGAAAUCUUGUCUUUGAUGUUUGGUGAAGUCAGCCGUGUUUGGAUCUGUGGUCCAGCCGCACACUUCUCUGAAUUUUGUCACACUCCUUUAUAUGGUGUGGUGAAGAAUCCUACAGUGAUGUCAGCCCAGGUCAGUCAUCGCUCCAUCUUUGACUUCUGCCCCAACGAUGAAGCUUUGCUCGAACUUAGAGAAGUCAAGUCUUUCCUCAAGCAGACUGAAAACGUCCAGCCUGCUGCCCCUGCCCCCCUCAUAGAGUUGAAUGAUAAACUCCCAGAGAAAGAAAGAGAGCGUGAGGGCAGCCUGACGAAGGAGGUGUCAGACAAGAUGGUCUGCACAGCCUGCAAAUGUUCCUUCACCGUCCGGGAGGAGCAGAUGGAGCACUACAAACUCGACUGGCAUCGCUUCAACUUGAGACAGAAGUUGGCAGGAUUACUUCCUGUUACAGUGGAGGAGUUUGAGAGGAAAACUGGAGCUGGUGACAUGUCCAGUAUCUCAGGCUCGGAGUCUGACUCAGAGGAUGAAAACUCAAACAGCGACAGUGCAGAUACAGGCAGUAACAUCCCAGGAUCAAACACUGACAGCUCCGCUGAAAACAGCUCACUCCCUUGUCGCCUCUCGAGCAAAACAGUUUUCCAGAACUCUGCGGGACAGUAUCUGUCUGUGCACCGCUGUAUUCUGCAGGGGAAGUCAGAAGAUGAGCAGGAUGCAGGAUCCUCUCUACUGUCCAUCAGUAAGAAGACGGUGUGGGUCAUUCUCAUGACAGGUGGAGGUCACUUUGCUGGGGCUGUUUUUCGAGGCAAAGAGGUCAUUCAACACAAGACGUUUCACAGAUACACGGUGCGAGCAAAGCGUGGCACAGCGCAAGGACUCAGAGACUCUCAGAACCGCAGCCACAUGCCCAAGUCUGCGGGGGCAGCACUGAGGCGAUACAAUGAGGCUGCACUCGUUAAGGACAUCCAAGAUCUCCUGACAUCCUGGGCUGAACACCUAGAGGAAGCUUCUGCCAUAUUUGUUCGAGCUCCCAGCUACAACAAGACCAUCCUUUUUGGUGGCCGAGGAGCUGCUGUUGAUAAAAAAGACCCCAGGAUCCGCACACUUCCCUUCGCCACGCGCAGGGCAACGUUUCGGGAGUUGCAGCGAGUCCAUGAGGUGCUUUCUACAGUUCAUGUUUAUGGGAGAGACACUGAGAUGUCUGCUGUCCUCAGUCCAUCAAAGAAGCUCUGGAAGAAAACAGUCAAACCAGCAGCAGCAAGAACGUCUGGUCAGGAGUCAGCAUCUGCAGAAGAACGCCACGACAGCUCAGGUGAAGAGGACGGAGACAUUCAGCUGCAGAUGGAGACACUGACUUUAUGUACUCUGGACCUCAGGGAAAGUGAAAUUUAUCCAGCAAAGCACAAGAGGAGGAGGAGGAGGAGAAAGGAGGGAGGAAAAAUGCAAACAGAAGAAUUACCAAAUGAAGAAGCAGGGGAACAAGGCGGAGACAUACCAGCAGCAGAGGACACUUCUAGUGAGACGCAACUAAAAAACAAGAAAAAGAGGAAGCCCAAGAAAAAGACAAAAAUGGAAGAAUCUGUUGAUGAAUCCUGGGAUUAUGCUCUGAGGGACGCCCUCUUUACAGCCUGUAAAACAGGUGACGUUGACAUGCUCAGUGGUCUUCUGGACCUACAUGGAGACACAACAGAGAAUCCAGGACGGUCGGAGAACGGUGCUACCGACGCUGUCCGUUUUGUGACACUCCUUAAUAAAGCCAUAGACUCAUCGGGGUUCACUUUGCUACAUGUUGCUUCAGCAGCCGCACAGAUGGCGGCGGUCAGGCUGCUCCUCGACGCAGGAGCUGACCCAGCCUGCAAGGAUAACAAAGGGCAGACCCCGUACAUUGUCUCUCCAGAUAAAGACACAAGAAACGUCUUUCGUAAAUACAUGGGUGAACAUCCUGACAGAUACGACUACAGCAAGGCUCAGGUCCCCGGGCCACUGACGACAGAGAUCGAAUUGAAGAAAAUGGAGAAGAAACGGGCUCAGAAGGCUUUGAAAAAACAACGAGAGAAGGAGCAGAAGGAGGAGAAGAGGAAAGAAGAGCAGGAGGCGGAGGAAAAGAAGAGGUUUGCAUCUCUGAGUGAUCGUGAAAAGAGAAUUCUGGUAUCAAAGAGAUCAAUGGAGCAAGUAUCUGCAUCAGGAGGCAGCCUCUCUAAUGUGCAGAGGUGCUGGUCGUGUGGAGAGUCUUUGCUCGGCAAGGUCCCAUUUCAUUACUCUGAGUUUUCUUUCUGCACACCGCGUUGUGUCCAAGCACAUCGGAAGGUAAACGCACCUCCGGGCAAGAGCUAACCUCCUAUGAUAGUUUCUACCUCAUGAGAACAAACCUGUUGACUGUGGGCUGCUCUGUGACCACACUGCCAAAUAGAUCUUCUAGGGCUGCUGGACGUCAGCCAUCUGUCAAUGGAAGGUACACAUCAGAAUCAGGUCAGGUGAUGUGUAACAGAACUUAUCAAUAUUACUUUUAUAAAAUAAUACACCAACAAAGAGUGAUUUAAUGUAAGGUUUCAUGAAGAGGACCUCUAACCUGUUAUGAUGACAUUGGUUGAAAGUAUGGCUUUCUUGGCAACCCUGUCUCCAACACCAGGAAGUCAAUAAUAUUAACAGUUGCUACAGCUGAACCGUUGCAGCAGAUUUGAUAACAGAGUCGAGCUGACUGACAAUGCACAAGAAGCUGCCUUAAAUUAAAAAAAAGUUUUGAUGAGUCAGAUGUACCGCGAUGGUUUUACUUGAUAAGGACAAACCGACUGUAGAUAUAAAACAAUGGAUGUUUGAAAGUCUUUGUAUUUCAUUUUCAAAUGUCUGCUGUUUUACAUCGAGGUCUUUGAUUCGAUAGACUGUGUACACAUUUCCCUCAGUAAUCACUCAAACAACAAACAGUAUUGUACUGCAGAACUUGACUCCAGCACUGUUUUGACUCAUAGUUUUGAAGUUAAAAACCUGCAAUAAGGUGGUGAAAACUAUUCUUAGAAAUGCAUUCACAAGUGUAAACAAAUCAUAUGAUCCAUUUAAAAUAAGCCUGAAAAAACAAAUUAUGCUUAAAAUGAGUCAUGAACUCACAGUAAAAUACUGUAUAUUUUUGUUUUCCAAUAUUAAAAAGGUGAAACACUGAA